UGCGGUCAUAGUCUCCCUGGCAACAUCGCUCGCCUUACUCUGAUUGCUUAAGCCAUGCAGAGACUCAAAACAGAACAUCCCUGAGACAUCUAUGUCCCCGUUCACCAGGCGUGAGUGAGUUUUGGUCAUCCGUUGCUCGCUUGGAACAUCACGUCCAUUUCCCCCUCCUCCAUAAGCCUGCAGGGCUGGCUGCUCUGGUAACUGAUGUCUUCAGAAUGGGGCCUCAAGCAGGAUCGGCUCAGCAUCCUUGCCCGACCAAAAGUCAACCACCAGGUGCUCUUCUCCAGACCUUCUGUAUACUGGGUAGAUAAAAUACCCAAAGAGCAGCCGAGAUACACAAUUCCAGUUAUGACUUCCAGGCAGGAAGAGUUGUCUGAAUUCAAGAGGGUCCAUUCAAGCUACGAAUAUAACAGAUUUUUUUCUGAGACGCCAGUAACACCCGCAGCUCUGAACGGGGUGGCAUCGCCCAGAUUAAAGAACCUGUCACGGCCCCGGCCUGUCACAGAUAUCUCGGAGUUAAAUAAUCUUAACUGGUUUAUGGUGAGAAAAGGAGCCUUAACUGCGGUUCCCACACCACGGAUAAUUGCUCUAGCCAAACCAAAGUGCAGUCCCACAACUUCAGAGAAACCCCAUAAAAAACGUCGUCCUGUUCCUACAGCAGAAAAAUUAGAAGAACUCUCCAGACCCCGGGUCUAUAUUUUUGAAGAGCACGACCCGUACAAAGUUUCCAAGGCUGCUCUCAAAUACGAUCCUUCUCCUCGCAUUAUGGAAAUUAGCCGUCCAGUCAGAGUGCGAGGAAAAAUCAUUUGAAUUACGUAAGAUGUUGGUUUUCCUUGCUUCUAUGUUAUUUGGCAAACCAAUUAAAGGAUUUUGCAUCUCUCAGGAUUGUAAAUUGCAUACAGUGCUUUUUUUGUAAAAAAAAAAAAAAAAAGUGCCGGAACUCACACAUAUCAUACAACCUGCCUUGCCUCCCUUACAAGGUUCCAUCCAAAAAAGAUGCUAGAACUCCGUUCUGGGUGUUCUAUGACAAAAAAAGCCCUUGCAUAUCAUAUAUACAUCAUCAGUGGGUCUCUGGUUA